GGUAGCAUUAUACAUACCCUUUACCAACAAGAAACCAAGUGUGUUUUCAUAGAUUCGCCGUUCAUUAUGGCAUCUGCUCCCAUUGUAUUAGAUAAUGGUACUGGAUUUGUCAAGGUCGGGUACGCCAAAGACAACUUUCCGCGUCACCAAUUUCCUUCAAUUGUAGGUAGACCAAUUUUGCGUGCUGAAGAGAAAACAGGAGAUAUUCAAAUCAAAGAUGUUAUGGUCGGUGAUGAGGCAGAGGCGGUGAGAUCACUCUUGCAAGUGAAGUAUCCCAUGGAAAAUGGUAUUAUCCGCGAUUUUGAAGAAAUGAAUAAUUUAUGGGACUAUACAUUUUAUGACAAGCUAAAAAUUGACACAAAUGGCCAAAAGAUUUUGUUAACCGAACCUCCAAUGAAUCCCGUUGCGAACCGUGAAAAAAUGUGCGAAACUAUGUUUGAGCGAUACAACUUUGGUGGUGUCUAUGUCGCCAUUCAAGCUGUAUUGUCCCUUUACGCACAGGGUUUGAGUAGCGGUGUGGUUGUUGAUUCCGGUGAUGGUGUCACACAUGUUGUUCCCGUUUACGAAAGUGUUGUCUUGAAUCACCUUGUGGGCCGUUUAGACGUUGCAGGAAGAGACGCUACUCGAUACCUUAUUAAUUUGCUUUUACGAAAAGGAUAUGCUUUUAAUCGUACCGCUGAUUUUGAAACUGUCCGUGAGAUGAAAGAAAAGCUUUGUUAUGUUAGUUACGAUCUCGAGCUUGAUCAUAAGCUCAGUGAAGAGACCACUGUUUUAAUGCGUAACUAUACUUUGCCAGAUGGACGGGUUAUCAAAGUUGGCUCAGAACGUUUUGAAUGCCCCGAAUGCUUAUUUCAACCUCACCUUGUUGGUAGCGAACAGCCCGGUCUAAGUGAAUUUAUCUUCGAUACAAUUCAAGCUGCUGAUGUUGAUGUACGCAAGUACCUAUACCGCGCUAUUGUUCUUUCAGGUGGUAGUAGUAUGUAUGCUGGAUUACCUUCUCGUUUGGAGAAAGAGAUUAAGCAACUCUGGUUCGAUCGUGUGCUUCAUGGUGAUCCAUCUCGUUUGCCAAAUUUUAAGGUGAAAAUUGAGGAUGCUCCACGCCGUCGCCAUGCCGUGUUUAUUGGUGGUGCCGUGUUGGCUGAUAUUAUGGCUCAGAAUGAUCAUAUGUGGGUUUCAAAACAAGAAUGGGAAGAGUAUGGUGCCCGCGCUCUUGACAAACUGGGACCUCGUACUACCUAAAUGUGAAUUCUUUUGAUGUAUCUUUUUGCUUUUUUCUUUGUCUUGAGAGAAAAACCUUGUGUCCAAAACGUCUUUACCUUUCUUUUUUACGAAUGAUGUGUAGUUGCAUCUGUCUUUUGCUCUAAGAUCUAAGAUCGUUAAAAUAUCAACUUUCUAUUUCCCCUGUGUAAUUUUUCAUCGAUCUGACACUAGCGUUUCCUUAGUUUCAAGUAUUGAGGCGUAUAUAGAUUUAAUGACCAAAUUACUAUUAUGAUUACAAACUUUUACGAUGGGAACACUGCUAUCGAGUUGAUUAAGAAACACGUUUGCUUUGAUAGCAAUCCGGCAUGCUACUAUAAACAUUCAACUCAAUCAAUCACUUACAAUUGUAAUAAAGAUUAAAGUACUAAACAACGCCCAUAUACUUUACUUUUUUUUAGGGAAAAAGAUUAGUAAUGUAUGCAUUAAAACAUCAUAAGAAAGAAAUAAAAAUAAAGAAAUCAUCAGUGCAAAAGAAAUAAAUAGAUAAAAAAAAACGAACCGAGAAAAAAUUGACAGAAAA